UCAUUCAUCAUCAAUCUUCAAACACAGCCUCUGAAUUCCCCAAUCCACUCUCUCUCUCUACAGUAAUAUCCAUAUCUUCUGUUCUAUCACACACACUCUCUCUCUAAAUCGUCAAUCAUGGUGGCUGCAGCGGCGUCAAAAGGUUCAGAGACACUAUUGUUAGGCUACCUUCCUCAGAAAGAUACCGCCUUCAAGCUCCCUCGACAGACUAGGGUUAAGAAUAAGACCCCAGCCCCCAUCCAAAUCACCGCCGACCAAAUCCUCCGCGAAGCCCGAGAGAUCCAGCAGCAGGAGUCGUCCCUGCUUCGACCCCCCAAGCACCAAAUCAUUGAUUCCACUGAGCUCGUCCUAUACCGCGAACGAAAGCGCAAGCACUUCGAGGUCCUCAUCUCCCGACGCGGAAGCAACAACCCUAGUGUCUUCGUCAACUACGCCCUCUGGGAAGAGUCCCAAACCCAAUUCAAUCAUGCCCGGUCUGUUUGGGAACGAGCCCUCGACGCACAUCCACGAGACCACACUCUGUAUCUCAAGUAUGCCGAGAUGGAGAUGAAGAACAAAUUCAUCAAUCGGGCGCGAAAUGUUUUUGGCAGAGCGGUCCCUCUGUUUCCUAGGGUUGAUCAGUUGUGGUACAAAUACAUUCACAUGGAGGAGAUGCUUGGGAAUGUGGCCGGAGCGAGGCAAAUUUUCGAGAGGUGGAUGCAAUGGGCACCGGACCAGCAAGGUUGGUUGUCGUACAUCAGAUUCGAACUUCGUUACAAGGAGAUUGAAAGGGCUCGAUUAAUUUUCGACAAAUUUGUACAGUGCCAUUGUAAAGCCAGUGUUUGGAUUAAGUAUUGCAAGUUCGAGGUAAAGAAUGGAGAAACGGCAAGGGCUAGGACAUGUUUUGAGAGGGGAAUAAAGAAGAUGAUAGACAACGGCGAAGAGGCUGAGGAAUUGCUUGUGGCCUUUGCAGAGUUUGAAGAGCAGUCUAAAGCGAUCGACAGAGCAAGGUGGUGAUAAAUACUAGAUAGCCCCCUAUCAUAUUUAAAAUUUUAAUUGUUGAUUAUAGUUCAUAUUUAGACCUAGUUUGGGAAGACUAAAUAAGGCCUAG